AUGCACCUCCGCAACGGACGCGUCAUCGGUCCCACGCUGCAGGAGACUCCUACAAUGUCAGUCAACAAAAUACCGAGCGGGACACCAGCCCAUCAUCGCCACGCGACUCAGAAACCCACCGUGGCAGAGCGGUCGCAUGGGCAUAAGGAGGCGCCCCCGCAGGGGACAGAUUUGCCCAAUGUUAUGCCAGGGGACAGUCCCUUCGUCACCUGGGACCAAUUCCAGUCUGCAAUGACUGUGAUUAGAACUGUAAUAGGGGGAACCGGGGCACCCGGCGCAACGACUCCUAUACUAUCUGAAGACGGCAGCACUAUGCAGGCUUUUCUGCUGCGCAUCGAGCGCCGGUACACCCAGAUGGGAUUGGAACCGCGCGAGUGGGGAAAUGCACUUAUAGACCACCUUGUGGGCCCGGCUCUAACGCAUUGUAUGUAUCUACGGAGAACUAUUGACCUAAGCGACGGGGCGACAGUACAGCGCAGGCUUCUGGAGCGGUUUGACAGAACAAUGUCGCAGAGUCAAUUGUUAACGGAGUUGACAAAGGUACGGUGGAAUGGUGACCCGAAGGAAUACACCGACCAGUUUGCGGCUGUGGCAGAGCGGGGGUUGGGUCUUGCCCCCGACGAAAUCGCGGACUACUAUUGCGCCGGGCUACCGACAGGCCUCCAUCUUCUAAUAACCAAUAACGGACACGUGAAAUGUCACGAUGGGCACGCGGAAGGGUCUCAGCCGCUUUUGGAAACGCGGCGGGAGUCUGGGUCAGCGUCGAUCCUGAGUGAGGAGACUCCGGACGCGACGACGGACAACAGGAAAAAGUCUGCAGAGGCAACAGAAGACGGCUAUAGGUCAGACGCGACAGAGAUUGUACCACACUGGUGGAGGGAGGCUUGCACAAAAGAGUCUUACGACCAAGGGGGAGCGUUUUGUUGUGUGGGUGCGAUGGCGGUACUUCGCGUUGAGCUCGCAGGGAGUCCUUCCUUGGGUUUGGAUUGGCUGACGGAACACAAGGUGGCUUGGUAUUUUCAGUCUGACAAACUCCGAACCUAUGUGAAUGGCCAGUGGUGCGAGUUACCGGUCCUUCGGACUUGUGAAGCAACGCUGCAAGGUGACAGUCCCACCGUAGUCCACCCAAGGACCCCAGAAGAGCAAGCAUAUGAGAUAUUGGCCAAACAAGUGGCGGGUAUUUCAGCCGAGGAGGCAGCUAUAUUCCUACGCCCGCCUCCAAGGAGGUUUAAGUCCCACGCGAAGACUAAGGCGAAGGCGCGGAUAACGUCGCUCCUUCGUCAGGCGGCGGCUGACACAAAGGAUCUCAAGGCUCCAUUGUACGGUUUGCAUCUCAUACUGGCUUUGCCCGAAGCCGGUUUCGCAGUGCCCCUAAGGCUCUCGGAUGAAUGGCAAGACGCGCUUUGUUGCGCGUUAAUUGGGAAUCAACCCACGUCCUCUGGCUGGCGUAGUCCUUCGGCCUCAACCGCCUCGGUGGCAGCGGAGAGUGACGAGGAGUCUCCCUGGCCUAUGGCGAAACUCGAGCACACUCUUUUCGACGAAUGGAUAACUUCUCCAGAGGCGCAGGAUAUUCCAUGUGAGGUUGCCCAGGUGUUGUACGAGUAUCGAGCGGUUUUUCCCGAUACCUUACCUAAAGGAUUACCGCCAAAGCUCCCUCAUGAUCGCCAUAUUCUACUUGUGCCUGGAAAACUUCCAGCAAAAUCUGCAAUAUACCGUAUGACCCCAUAUCAGCUCACAUUCCACAAACAGGAGAUACUUAAAUUAUCGGAAAAUGGUUGGAUCGGACCGACCUAUUCGCCUAUUCGCUCUCCUACGAUCAUGGUGAACAAACGUGAGAAUGGCAUUAGGUCUCGUCGCUACCGCACACAUCAUCCCUUUGCCAUGGCUACGCGGCCUAGAACGCUCGUCUUCAACCACGCCUAG